AUGUCAAAAGUUGUUGUAGUAGGGGCCGGUAUUAGCGGUUUGAGCAGCGCAUACUCGCUAUUGCAAUUGUAUGGUGAUAAGAUUAAAGACCUAACCAUCCUUGCACGUGAUAUACCUGGUACUUUCACUUCUCAUGACUAUACAUCUCCCUGGGCUGGUGCCAAUUGGCACUCAUUUGCAGAUUCAGAUGACUUAGAACAAAUUAAAAGAGACAGAAUCACAUAUGAGAGAUUGACCGAAUUGGCCAGAACAAAGCCUGAAACUGGCGUGAAAGAGUACAAAUUAAAGCUCAUUAAAAAAAGGGCCGCACCGGAGCCAUGGUAUAUACAAGAGAGGUUUGUUCGUGAUUUCAAAUACCUUUCUGAUGAAGAACUUGUGUACAGAAAUUUGGACCCUUCCGAAUACGUUGGAUAUGAAUUCACUACAUUCACCAUUACCCCAUCUACGUAUAAGUUUUGGAUGGUUAGUGAGAUCAAGAGAUUGGGUGGUAAAAUCAGACAGCUAGCUAAAAUUGACGGUAUUGAAAGCGUUCCCGAUAUUGUAGGAUUUUUGCCUGAUUUGAUUAUCAAUGCUACUGGUGUUUACGCGGGUCAGUUUUUAAGCACAUUUGAACCUUCAGAAGUAGAGAAAGUCUUCCCAGUGAAGGGACAAAUUGUUCAAAUUUAUGAAGACUUACCCUUUCAACUUGUUAUUGACGAUUUGCCAAAGGAUGAUAAUCCAUUAAGUUAUCAAUUCUUGAACAUUUUCCCUCGUGGCGAUGGUGGAUGUAUCAUCGGUGGUAUGAUGAAGAAAAACGAUUGGACAAACACUGUUGAUGAGAAGUUAUCAGAGAGAUUUGUAGAAAUUUGCAAGCGCCAUACUCCAGAAUUGAAGAGCACGACUGUCUACAAUUCUUACGCUGCUUUGAGACCUGGUAGAAAGGGUGGUGUUAGAGUGGGUUACUCGGAAUACAAAUUGCCAAACAGUAAUGCUAAAUUACACGUCGUUCACAAUUAUGGUAUUGGCGGCGCUGGUUACCAAGCAUCACAUGGUCUAUCAUUAGAAGUUUCUGCCCUUGCUUCAAAGGUGCUAGGACAACCUAAAUGCAGAUAUGGGUCCUCUAAGUUAUAG